AUGAAAUCCCUGAUUGAAGGGGUUGUCGUUGAAUUAUGCAGCAACGCCGGCACCUUGCAGCCCAGGAAGAUAGUGAUCGCGGACUUGGGCUGCUCCACUGGUCCAAAUGCGCUUGCAUUGGUAUCGAUUGCUGUCAAUGCGAUCCACGAUCACUGUCUUCAGUUCCAGCAACCAUCACCAGAAGUGUCUGUGCUCCUCAACGAUCUUCCUGAGAACGACUUCAACACGGUGGUGAAGAGCCUAGUCACUCUACGUCAAAGCAACGAUCCUGUUGUUGUUACCGGUAUCACACCAGGGUCGUUUUACGAGCGGCUCUUCACUAGUGAAUCUGUGCAUCUUGUUUGCUCGUCCAAUAGCUUACAUUGGCUCUCAAAGGUACGAGUCUGA